AUCCGCACACACUGAUGGCGUGCCUAGUGACAGGAUCGUCAACGGGGGUGGGCAGAGAAAUCGCGGCGCGCAUGUUUGAGCAAGGGCUUCAUGUCUUCGUGUCUGGAAGGGAUAGACUGAGAUGUGAGAAAGCUUGUGAGGAGAUCCUCGGUUCUAGUACAGGUGGAAAGGGAAAGGUAGAGCCUCUGCCUAUGGACCUCUCAAACUUUGAUAGUGUGAGGGAGGCAGCAAAGCAGCUCGAGGGUAAGCCUCUCAAGUACCUUUUCCUGAAUGCUGGAAUGGUUUACAAAGUCAAGGAAGCUGGUCCUUGGAUGAAUGCUGAUGGCUAUGACUUGUUGUUCGCAUCAAAUUUCCUCGGGCAUUUUCUUCUCUGUGAGCUGCUCAUUCCUAAUCUGAAGUUGUCGACACCAUCUAGAAUAGUCGUAACAGCGUCUAAUGCACACUGGAUAGGCAGAGAAGACUUUUUAUUUCGAAAGGGGGUUUCACUUGAGAAAGCCAACGAUUUCACAAGGUUUCAAAUGUAUGCCACGUCUAAAUUGGCAAAUAUUCUCCACGCUUAUGAACUUCAGCGGCGCUUUGAGAGAGAAAAUGUUGACAUACAAGUUGUCCCUAUCACUCCAGGACUUGUGUCUUCUGAAAUUCUCUGCAAAGAAAGAGGGAAAGGAAAAUCUUUUGGCUUCUUACCUAUGG